AUGUCUGUUUUCAAUGAUCCAUUUUACGAUCCUUUCUACGAUCAAACUUUUGAUUUGACUUAUCCUUAUACUACCUGGAGCGAUUGGAAUAAUUUACCUAAUAGUGACCGUUGGACUAAUUGGCCUAUUAAUGUUACUGACCGUUGGGGAAAUCGCGACCAAUAUGGAACGACUGACAGGGGAACACGACGUCGUGCACCAAUUCAAGAUCGCAUACCACGUCAUGUCGAAUCGCGUGUUAUGACAGAAAAGGAAGGAGACGUUGUUUGGAGGGAAGGCGUUCCUAAGGAAGAUAUUUCAAUCGAUCUUCGUGAUCGUGAACUUAUCAUCCAAGGUGAAUCUAAGCGCGCUGUUACUUAUGAAACCGCGACGUCUCGUGUUCGUGAACGUAACCUAGGUCGCUUCCGAAAACACGUUUAUUUACCACGAGAGCUUUCCGUCGAAAAAAAAGAUAUCGAAGCAAAGUAUGAGAAUGGGCUACUUGAAAUAAAGAUCCCUCGCGGGAAACAAGGAUCGACAGGUCGGAUUUCUAUUAAAUGA